GGGUCAGCUCAAAGCUUAGCGCUUGCGCUAUUGACCCUAAGUGCUGGGUGGAGUUCGCAUUGCACAGGCAACCUAGACGCGACACCGUUUAGUGCUUAAAUCAUGCUGCGUAAUAAAAAAUUUACUUGGACGGUUAAAAAGCGUGUUAAGAAGAUUUAUCCUUCAGUAACCGAACUAAUGAUGGAUCAGACGACCACCAUGCUAUCUGGAGAAUCCACCGACAGCGGGUUCCUGGCUAAGGCGGCUCCUAUCCUGAUGGCUGAUCCGGAACAAGCUAACGUCGCGGGAUUCGCAGGCGCAGCGUCACCGAAAGAGGAAGCGCACUUUAUCGCCAUCCCGUUCGCAAAGAAUUACUCGUGGCAGAAACCAAGCGAAGUGAUCAGUGAAGACCAUGACAUACCGGAUGCCAUGUCAAUUUACAACGACGAGGAGGCGACUGGCGCUCUGCAAGUCACAACCAAACGCAAAGCUGACGUGGCUAAACACCUGGGAUUCACAUGCAAUGUGUGCCGCAAUGCUAUAUCUGGGUUCCGCUACACAUGCGUCCAGUGCAGCGACAUGGACCUGUGCGGCGCGUGCGAGGCUGACAAGGCUCACGGUGAUCAUUACAUGCUGCGUAUCCCCAUACCGAAGCCUGCAGCAGAGAUCUACGCCGUUCUAUCUUCUAUACGGCGUCAACUAAUGACACUCGAGCCUCAGAUCGAAUCCAACAAGAGCGUGGAGAGUGAUAAUAUUAUGAGAUUCAUGUCUGAAAUAAAGUCCAGUUUUGGUGGUGUCGAGGGAAUGACAGCUAUUGACAAGGAGGCAGAUAAAAUCGGCAAGGAGGCAGAUGUAUUCGGCAAGAAAGCAAAUGUGAUCGACAAGGAAGCUGAUGUAUUCGGGAAGAAGGCAGAUUUAGUCGGCAAGGAAGUCGAUGAAUUCGGGAAGGAGGGCAUGGAAGCAGAUGUAUUCGGCAAGGAGGCAGAUUUAGUCGCAAAGGAGGCAGAUGUACUCGGCAAGGGGACAGAUAUAUUCGACAAGGAGACAGAUGAAGUCGGAAUGGAGGCAGAUUUAGUCGGCAAGAAGGCAGAAGUAAUUCUCACGAAGUCAGAUGUAAUUGUCAAGGAAGCAGAUGUAGUCGGCAAGAAGGCAGAUGUAGUCGACAAGGAGGUAGUUGUAGUCGACAAGAAGGCAGAUGUAGUCGACAAGGAGGUAGUUGUAGUCGACAAGAAGGCAGAUGUAGUCGACAAGGAGGUAGUUGUAGUCGACAAGAAGGCAGAUGUAGUCGACAAGGAGGUAGUUGUAGUCGACAAGAAGGCAGAUGUAGUCGACAAGGAGGAAGUUGUAGUCGACAAGAAGGCAGAUGUAGUCGACAAGGAGGUAGUUGUAGUCGACAAGAAGGCAGAUGUAGUCGACAAGGAGGUAAUUGUAGUCGACAAGAAGGCAGAUGUAGUCGACAAGAAGGCAGAUGUACUCCGCAAGAAGGCAUAUCUACUCCGCAAGAAGGCAGAUGUAGUCGACAAGGAUGUAGUUGUAGUCAGCAAGAAGGCAGAUGUAGUCGACAAGGAUGCGAAUGUAGUCGCCAAGAUGCUAGAUGCAGUCGGCAAGAAAGCAGAUAUACUCCGCAAGAAGGCAAAUGUAGUCCGCAAGAAGGCAGAUGUAGACGACAAAGAGGCAGAUGUAGUCGGCAAGAAGGCAAAUAUAAUCCGCAAGAAGGCAAAAGCGGUCCGCAAAAAGGCAGAUGUAGUUGGCAAGAAGGCAGAUGUUGUCGGCAAGGAGGCAGAUGCAGUCAGCAAGAAGGCAGAUGUUGUUGGCAAGGAGGCAGAUGCAGUCAGCAAGAAGGCAGAUGUUGUUGGCAAGGAGGCAGAUGCAGUCGGCAAGAAGGCAGAUGCAGUCGGCAAGGGGACAGAUAUAGUUGACAUGGAGGCAGAUGUAGCCGGUAUAGAGGCAGAUUUACCGGCCCCGGACCAACAACAACAGCAGGAUAAGACAGUCUCCGCUAAACCGGAGGCAAAAGCCACCGACCUGCAGGGUUUGGAUCCAUUGGCUGCAAAGAAACGUCGUGUGAAGGAUGUGGGCGCCCCCAAGGCAAAGAGAGCUAAACAUUCUGAUAAGUCAGAUGAUGCGGUCCCGUCGACUUCGCACGAACCGAUUUACGGUAACAAUGGGCGCGAACGGAAGUCACGACCGAAUAAUAAAUCGGAUGACAAAGAACUAAAAAUGAUGACACUGGAGGCGCAGAUGGAGUUUCCGGACGAGCGCUGGCGCUGGGGAUCCGAAGAGUUCGUCAUCCAUGAUCGCCGGAUGGCCGUCGAGAAUAAUCCCUAUGUGAACCAAGUGUGUUUCCGCGCGGUGGCGCGCCCGCUGCGCCGCGCCGCGCCGCCCCGCUCCGCGCACCGCUCCGGCAGCCGCUCCGCGAGCCGCUCCGCGAGCCGCACCGCCCGCCGCACCGCCCGCCGCUCCUCUAGCCAUUUCUCGUACCACUCCGCUCACCGUCCCGCUCACCGCUCCGGCCGCCGCACCGCCAACCCCCCCACCCAAACCACCUCCUACACCAACACCUCCGGCCCCAACACCUACUCCUCCUCCGUCACCACCGCGGGCCGCAACACCGUCGCCAGCGCUGCCAUCAGCAGCAACAUGGGCCGCCUGCGAUUCGUGCUGCGUCUGCCAUCCUCGGUCCUCAAGCGGCGACCCAACCUCCUGGUUUAAACGCCAGGAUCCUGAAGGCGAACGUCUGAUGAAUAGUCGACUUAGAAUAAGUUAUAUUACAUAAAUAUUUCCAUAUAAUCUAUAACCGUUUUAAUUCUGAAUGUUGUCGCAUAAAUUAACUUAUAUUAAUUUAAUUAUAAUUAUUGUUAAGUCAUAAAUGAUGCGACCUCGCUGUGUUGUAAUUCUGAAAAAUGGUAAACCUAAUAUAACUUAUAAUUGUAGUCAGACUAGUUUGUAAUUUUAAAUAUAAGUAGUUAAGCCUAA